AAAUGUUUAUGAACUUACACGGAAGACAAGUGGAGCUGGUAGGUGGCUUACAGCAUGUAGUUACAGAUUUGGAGUAAUUGACGCUUCCAGUAAUUCUUAGCGAGUCACCUGACCGUCAGAAGAACAAAUGAAAAGGCAUGAAAACAGGCUUACGCAAACUUUUCAUUGCAGCAGGCUACCGUUAGAUGACAGUAAUGCGAUAUCAUUGAACACCAAGGUUACUUGAAAAGACUAAUCAUUGACAAAUAGCAAUCAAAUUUUAUUCAUUCACAGUGAAACCAAUAGACCAGUUUGAGACUAGAAUUAUAUAGUACAACUCACGAUUAUCAUACCAUAAAAGUUGAAGUAACCACAACACACUAAUUGACUAACAAUCCACAGAGUUAGCAUAGCAUAUAUCCAUGACCCAAUAUUCCACGAUAACUUCUGCAUCGUCUUACGAUACGUAUGGUGAAGAUGCAGAUGGUAAGAAAAUUACUGAUGACUGCAUUGUGAAACCUGCGAAGCCAAAUGACUAUGAAUCUCUAUUCCAAAAGCUAGAUGUUAAGAAGUCUGGAGAAAUAACCUUGCAUGACUUCAAAAUGGCACUUGACAAACUAAAUCACCCAAUAAGUCAAAAAUCAGAAUUAAUUCAAACAAUUUUCAACGCGUUCGAUUCCAAUAAAGAUAAAGUUAUCGAUUUUAAUGAUUUCAAAACUUACUUGACCAAAACAGACGAUCAAAUAUUGAAAGGUUUCAUCAAGAUUGAUCAAGAUAAUGAUGGCAAAUUGAACAAAGCAGAUUUCAUUCACUACUUGAAGCAGACUCUAAACUUGAAACCCACAGACUACAACAUUGAUUUAUUGUUCAAGCAAAUUGAUUUCAAGAAUGAUGGAUAUAUCACAUAUGACGAGUUUAGAGACUUUUUAAUCUUAAUGCCUAGGUUGGACGGAUCUCGGAUCAAGACAGCCUUUUCCUAUAUUGUUGAAGAAUUAGAUAUUUCUUCGGAUGGUGAUGUCACUUUAAUCAAUCAGUUUCUUAACGGAAUAGGGUUUUUCUUAGCAGGUGGUUUGGCAGGAGUUAUUUCAAGAACUUGUACUGCACCAUUUGAUAGAAUCAAGGUUUUCCUCAUUGCUAGAACAGAUUUAUCAUCAACUAUAUUGCAUUCAAAGGCCCAAAUUGCUGAGCAGGUUCGAAAUGGAGUGUCAACUCAUAUAAUCGAGGAAGCGCGCAAAAAGAUAGCUGCUGCCGAGGCAGCCGCCAAGAAAGCAGCAUCGGAAUCGGCUGCUCCAAAAACGAUUAGAUCUCCAAUCAUUCAAGCAGCAAGAACACUUUGGAAACAAGGUGGAAUUCGCGCUUUUUAUGUGGGUAACGGUCUUAAUGUCUUGAAAGUUUUUCCUGAAUCCGCAAUGAAAUUCGGAUCUUUUGAAAUAGCGAAGAGGUUCUUUGCUUCAAUCGAAGGGGUGGAAGACACUGCAAAGUUGUCUAAGCCAUCAACCUACUUUGCUGGUGGUAUUGGAGGUGUGGUAUCCCAAUUUUUUGUGUAUCCAAUUGACACCCUCAAAUUUCGCCUUCAAUGCUCCAAUUUAGACUCUUCCUUGAGAGGAAAUGCAUUGUUAAUACAGACAGCUAAAAAUAUGUACAGAGAUGGCGGGUUGCGUAUCUUCUAUCGAGGAAUCCUUGUGGGGACGAGUGGUAUAUUUCCUUACGCAGCCCUAGACCUUGGCACAUUUUCAACAAUAAAAUCGUGGUUAAUCAAGAGAGAGAGCAUUUCGAAAGGUGUGAGGGAAGACCAAGUCAAUUUACCAAACUAUAUGGUUUUGGGUUUAGGUGCAUUCUCGGGAUCUUUUGGUGCAACUGUUGUGUACCCCAUUAACUUGUUGAGAACUAGAUUACAAGCACAGGGUACAUACGCUCAUCCUUACACUUAUGAUGGAUUUGGUGAUGUUCUUAAACAAACCAUUGCUCGUGAAGGAUAUCCCGGUUUGUUCAAGGGAUUGGUACCCAACUUGGCUAAAGUUGCUCCCGCUGUUUCAAUUUCAUACUUUGUCUAUGAAAAAUUGAAGGUAGCUUUUGGAUUGCAUAAUCACGUUAAUUAAUGUAUUAAAAAUAUUCAUUAUGAAUGUCAAAAUUUAUUAGAUGUAAAUUCACUUCGCCUAUU